AUGGCGCACCCGACUCGCACACGCAACUCGCACUCGCACUCGGGGACCGCUCGACAACCCGUCGGCAGGCUGCAGUCCACCGUCCCACCCGGAGGCCUGAGGCCUGAGACUAGUCAUCACUCCGGGUCCUAUGGUCUCACUCUGGAUUGA